ACAAUCUUGAAUUGAGUUAAAACAAAAUCAUCUUAUUGCAGCGCCUUAAUCUUGUAAUAUUUGUAACUCCACAACUGGCAAGUUCACAGAUUGUUCAUUGUUACUUGUUACCACUCUAACCAAGUAAGUACCCACACUAUGUAGCUGGAGGGGCUAUAGAAAAACAAGCAAGCAUACUGAGCGAAUUUCUUCGCUUCCAUGCACCUCCAUAACUUUUGCAGAGCAGCCCAGCUCUAAGACCUCUGUGUAUCGAUCGUCGUAUAUCGUCGUCGUCUACGUCGUCUUCGUUGGUGUAUGGUUCGAAGUCCCCCCAACUAUAAAGCAUAAAAGACCUAACAAAAUCCAUUCAUUUUAGUACUUGAUUCCGUAGUGGCAGACCGAACUGCAUUCGAUUGUGUUGUUUUAUUUUUAUAUAUUUUUCUGACCGACUGUAUAGUGUUGAAGUGGAAUUUAUUUUCGUGUUACCAAAAAAAAAAAGGCCCCAAAAAAAUAUUACCAAGGCUUUAAAAGUGAAUUUUAUUUUUAACCACACUUUAACUCAAAGUGAACGUUCUCGAAUAAAAAAUUGGAUUAGAAAAAAUAAGGAUUUUGUUGGAUUCUCAAGAGGAUAACUCAGAAAAAUAUAAUAUUUCACAAUGUUGUUAAGAUUUUGUCUUGUAGUCUCAACGACAUGCUUAAUUGGUUGCGUACUCUCCGAAACAACAGCUAAACCUCAAGGAUUUUCUCCCAGAUCAUUUGAAGAAGAUGAUGAAAAUUUAGACCCACAAGAGCAAACCCACCCAGCUUACAGAUCAAGACAAUACGACUACAGUAGUGAGGAAGAACAAGAAGAACCACCACGACAAUUGUAUCAGAGCCGUAAUCCCAUCAAGCCCAAUACCAAUUAUUUGAAACCAAACAAAAAUGUGAAGGUUGCUAGCGAAGAGGAAGAAGAAAUAGAAGAACCUGAUCGUUUGACAACUUUGUUGGAAAAAUCACAAUUCAAUUGCAACAGUAAAACAACAGGAUACUACGCUGAUGAAUCGUUAGCGUGUGAAGUAUUCCAUUAUUGUCAGGAAAAUCAACGACACUCAUGGAUUUGUCCUGAAGGAUUCACUUUCCAUCAAAUACACCUCAUUUGCAUGCCCCCAUCCAAUGACAAUAUCUGUGAUCAAUCCUCGAAAUAUCACAUUGUGAAUGAUUAUCUCUACAAACCAAUUAACCUUCAAGAACACCAAUCAAAACCCAAUGUAACUCUUCGCUAUUCAGAUCGUUAUUAUCCAGAGAAUUAUUAUGAAAAUGAUAAUCAAGAAGAGGAACGUGACACUAGACAGCGUGUUCAUCAUCAACAGAGACAACCCGUCCAAAUUGGAUUUAACUCUCAACAGCGUCAACAUCAUCAACAGCCUGCCUAUCAAGCACCUACUUAUCCACAAGCACAAGCACAACAACAACAACCUCAACCUCAAGUCAGAAAGACCCCACCACCAGCCCAACCUGUUCAAUUAGCUCAACAAACUAUUGCGACAUCCCCAACUCCUCAAUCUCAAUACAGGUACAUUACCCAAGCACCAACUCAACAGUAUCAACAACAAGUCUAUCGUACACCGGAAGAGAUAAAUAUUUCUCUUCAACAACGUCGUCCUCAACUGUUUGCUCCUACGUCAACGCCUAGAUAUUAUGAAGAGGAUUAUUUGUAUGAAAGAAGGAAGUAAGAAUUGAAAAAAACACUGUUUUUUUACUUUGAUUUUGUUAAGUUAAUAUCAAUCAAUGUGUAUAUUUUUCUUAUUUUUUAAAAGAUUUUGAAGCAUUUUUAUAUGUUUUUCGCUUAAGUACACGCAUAUUUGUAUUUUUUCUGUUUUAGUUUGUAACGUCAGUAGUUGUUAGUUUAAGUUUUUAGUCCCAAAAUAAAUUGUUAUCUAUGUAAAUUAUAAAAUACUCUUAAUCCACUGAAAUUAGUCUAAGAAAGGCUCAAACGACGGAAUAGUAAAUUGUAGAGGAGAAAUUUAAAAAAUUAAGGUUUACAUAAGAAAAAAUAAACUUUACCUGUUUCCAUCAAAAAUGUAUAAUAUGCUACAAAUGUUUUUUUCAACUUCGACCUUGACAAUAUUUUUUGUUUCUUUUUUAUUUAUUAUAGUGGAGUAACUAAAGCUCAAAAAUUGGCAAUAUUAGGGAACCCGGCCUAACACCUUAGAUUUUGAUGAUCUUUUUUUUCAAACGUCGGUAAUUAGAAAUACUUUAAAGUCUAU